UUUCCAUUUAAAGCAAAGUGAAAUACCCCUCUUAUAAUCUCCUCAAUGAAAAUAGUAAACGAACUAUUUAUUUAUUGUUGUUGAUAUCUAUUACGUACUCAAAUUACAAUAAUUACGCCAAAAAUGACUAGAAGAAAAGUGGUCGCAGUUAAAUCGAAGUUCCAUAUAACGAAUAAACUAAUUUAAUUCGACUUUUAUUCCGCGUAAUCUCUGAUGCAUUUAGAUUGAAGUGUACCUAUCCGCAAUAACAAAACUGUGAACUGAAAUGUUACCCGUUUUACUUUUUAAUAACAUGGAAGGGAGUUCUAAUUCGCUAAAUAACAACGGUAAUAACGCUUUCGGACAGUUAUACGACGAUAAUGUGAUUUUAAAUUCGGUUAGGAGUCGUAAAAAGGUCUCGGAGACGGCUAGUUGUCCAGUUUGCAGUUGUACUAUUAGGCAAGGUGAACUGGAGUCACAUUUGAACUUAGAAUUGGAUCGGUUGUAUAAGCUUUCAAAUGGUGUGAAUAAGAGGAAACUGAGUGUAAACAGUUCAAGUAAUAGUAGCUUUAAUCCUUUGCCUGGAUCGAGUACGGAAGAAGUGCCCGACGACCAGGAAGUGGACGUGUCGGGAUGCCCGGGAAGUGAUGUUUAUCAGCGAGUCCACUCUAACCGCCUCCGGCGCCUCCGUGCCAGACGGCGAGGCUCCCCUCCCCCAGCCACGGGCGAGUGCCCUGUCUGCAACGUCAACAUGCCUACGUCGAAACUGCAGAGGCACGCCCUCCGCUGCCUGAAGCGGACGGGGGCAGCUAUAGAUGAAGACUUGCCGGAUUCCAGCUCUGAUGAGAGCAUUGAUGUUGAGAACGACUCGCCGGGCGGGUUCGGCGCGGAGUACCAGUGGUGCGGCGAGUGGCGCGUGCGCGCGGCCGCGCUGCAGCCCGCCGACGCGCGCCGCGCCACCUGCGUGCGCCGCGAGGACCACGACCAGGCCCUGGUUGUAGACGGUGAUGAGGACACGGAACUGUACGGACCACCUCAAUACUCGCCUUCGAGAAUAGCACCUGACGCAGAGAUCACUCCACCAGAACAACCGUCCGAGGAUCACCCGAGCUCGGAGAACGGGAUCACAGAGAGAGUUGUCUCCGAUGUGCACAUUAGCUUCACCGACCCGGAGCCGGUGCGGGACAAACCGAACGGGCUGGUGGAAGCCAGUGCGGAGACUAGAAUACAAGCAUUGAAAGCCAGGAUAAGAGACUUAGAAAGAAAACAGAACAGCGCUUCAGAAGCCAAGUGUCUUAUCUGCCUCGGGGCGUACACGUCGCCCGCUGUCUCCAUACAAUGCUGGCACGUUUACUGUGAGGUAUGCUGGCUGGAGUCACUCAAAGCUAAGAAGAUAUGCCCUCAGUGCAACGCCAUCACGACCGCACAACACUUAAGGAGAAUCUACAUGUGAACAUUUUGCUUUGUCCGAGUUUAUUUCUGUGCACAAUAUUAUAAUUAUCAUUAUUUGUAAUCCAUACGCAAAAGAGUUACGAAACAUGUGAGGGGCAACUAUUAUUAUUUGGUUUAAGCGGUUAAAGACCUAAUGACCUCAAAAAAAUGCCUUAAAAUCAGUGAUCACAAGAUUUUAAGGCAUUUUCUGAGGGUUUACAUUAUCAGUGUUUCAUAUCCCAUUUACAAAAAUUACGGUUCGAUCGGCUAAUUUAAUGCCGAAUCAUCCUGAAAUUUAUUCUGAAAUUGGGACAAUCAUUCUGUAAUUUUAGUACCUGGAACAUAUAAUCUGGCAAGACAACUUUGUCAGUAGAAGAAGGGGGCAAAUUUUAUGCGCUAAGGUUUUAGUUUAACAUACGGUGCAACGGAACAAUUUCGACUGUGGGGUAAUUUCAACUAAUCGAAAUAUCUUCCAUGUUUUACAUUAUUACCUAGUGACAUAUAUGUCCAGAUAGCGAAAACAAUGUGUUGUGUGAGACUAGGUAAUAAUGUAAAACAUGGAAGACAUUUCGAGUAGUUGAAAUUAACCCUGCAGUCGAAAUUGCCUCGCUGCACCUUAUACAAAUUGUGAAUUUAGCGCCUUUUUCUACUGACAGAGUAUAAAAACAACGUUUAAGUAAUUUUGCUUCUCCAACCUAUAAUUUUGUACAAUAGAGUGUGCUGGUUUUGCUCAAAAUCCAUUAUAAAAUUGACCGUAGUUCUGUAGAAAGCGACCAACUUUUUAUUUUUGUCAAAGUGACUUACACCCUAACUCAUUAGCAUUGGUCGCUUUCUGCAAUGAUAGAAAAAUUUAGUUGGUCGUUUUCUGCAUAACUAUGGUCAAUUGAGUUUUCGUCAAAAGUCUGAUUAUUAUUAAUUGCCGCCCGAUAAAAAACAUAAUAAUGUAAGUUAAUUAAUGGUGAAAUAUUUAUGCAUGUCAAAUGUUUUUUUUAUUAUGGCCCACAAGCCUAAACUACAAGAGACAUAAAAUUGUAACUUUUGCCAAACCACGUCUAAUUCUUAAAGGAAAUCCAAUUUAUUUGUAUUGACAAUUAUUUAUUUGAUUUAAUGUUUUUUUUCCCUAAUAAAUAAGUCCUAUUGAAGUAUAUGGUAUAAUGAAAGCCUUCUGUGAAGAUAAUAUGUACAAUAAGUAAGAUUAAGCUAAAGUUGUAAAUAAAAAUAUUUUUCUUA